AUGGGUUCAUGCAACCCGAGCGACCAUCCGAUCUUCUGGUGCGCCGAGCUGAAGCGUCUGGAACGGAAGCGCAUCGCCGAUGAGAGCUUGCGUGACUGGAAAAACCGGAAGCUGAUCGAACGCAGGUCACGGGCCAAGGAGCAAGCCCACUACCGGGAAGUGAUGGAGCGCUACUCACCCUGGGGCCGGAAAGGAGGCGGAGCCCCGAACGACACGGUGCGCAUGCGGAACAUCCAGCAGCAGGGCCUCUACCCGGAGACGAAGAAUGAUCUGCGCAACCCGCUGCCGGUGGGGGGCCACCGGGCACCGCCGACCAUCGGGGUCACGGCCGGAGGCGGCGGAGCACCGAUACGGAGCGCGUCGGGCCAGAUCGUGACCGGGCUGACGGACGACCCGCUGAUCAGCUUCAACGACGCCAACCGGUACCACGUGGACAACGAGCUGCGCUACAAGACGUCGCCCGCCCAGCAGCAACACUACCGGGCCGAGCUGGACCGGAUCGUGGCGGAGAAGGAGAACCGGGCCCGCAAGCUGCGCUGCUCGGACCGGGAGCAGGCGAAGCCGCACGGUGGUGGCGCAGGCGGCACAGGCGGCGGCGGCGGCGCAGGCCCAUGGGGAAAGCCGGGCCCGGGCGGUAAACCGUGGCGCCCGCCCAAAAACGUCGGCCACAACUUCAUGAAGUCACUCGGGUGGACCAACAAGGAAACCCUGCAGGACCUGGACCUGGAGCUGGUCAGCCGGAUGCAGCGCCAGCUGGAGGAAGAGAACCGCUUCCUGAAGGGCUUCUCCAACUGCUGCUCGCGCUGCGUCUGCCAGUGUGUCAGCCAGAGCCUCGAGCGCAGCUCCGGACCUGGAACUGGACCGGGACCAGCAAGGUCGGGGUCCGCCCGACGCCUAGCGGCCGCGCCGGACGCUCUGCUGCGAAACUACCCAUCGCCACCCGCCACAGCCCCGGGUCCACCUCCUCCUCCUCCUCCGCUUCCUGGUGGGACGGUGCGUGUUCCGCGGCUGUGCCACUACCAGUCACCGGUAGCCCAAGGACAGCCACCACUACCUGGGACCAAGCCCGGACCGGGAAGCAAGGGCUCCGGAGGAGCCUCCACGGGGGGCGGGCGGCGGAACGGGGCGGGACGCGGAGCGGGCGUGGCACCGACGCGGAACUGCAUGAUCACGGGCGGGGUCGAGCUGGUGCCGCUGCUUGCCAAGCGCCGCUCGCAGCCACGGCCGAUCAGCCUCGGCACGACCGACGUCACCAAGAUCGACAAGUACACCGCAAACGGCAGUCUGGCGCGGCGCCACGACGACGGCUACCUGACCGACCUGUGCGCCCAGAUGCACCAGAAGCAGCGCCGGGUCGACACGUGGCGCGCCCGGGAGUUCGAGACCAGCCGGCAGCACUUCGAGACCUGGAGCACCUUCUGGGGCCGGCCGGGGCACGGGGCGCCCCUGCCCAACAAGAACAAGCUCAACCUGGACAGUCUGCUUUACAAGCCGCGCCCGCGCUAA